AUGGACUCGCCUACGCGAAAGCCGGCAGCCGCCGAGGUGCUCCCCGCUCCAUUAUCAACAACAACAUCAUCGACAUCGUCAACUUCGUCCACCUCAGCCUCGUCGACGUCGCUCUCGCCGCUGAAGCGUCCGGCGCCCUCACUGCUGCCGCCCUUUGAGCCCUCGUCCUCGCCCGGCCUGCCGCGCCCUGCAAAACGCCAGAAUGUCGGCUCGGCGCCCCAUCUGCGGUAUCCCACGCCAAACAUCCCAACGUCCAGCACCGGCAUCUUGUCCAGCUCGCCGGUGCGGGAAAAGGCGAGCCGGGGCAUCUCCGAGCGGACGCCUCUUUCCGCCGUGCCGUCCAUUGAGCUCAACGAGAAUGGCGAGAUGCUGCUGAUGGGCCGGUCGUCCAACUCGUCUCACUUUCAGCUUUCUGCCAACCGCCUCAUCUCACGCGUGCAUGUCAAGGCCCGGUACCUGCAGGGGGCCACUCCGCUCGAGGCUAACAAAAUCGAGAUUACCUGCAAUGGCUGGAACGGCCUGACGCUGCACUGCCAGGGCCGGACGUGGGAGCUGCUCAAAGGUGACAGCUUCAGCAGCGAGACGGAGGGCACUGAAAUCAUGGUUGACGUGCACGAUGCCCGCGUCCUGAUCCAGUGGCCCAAGCGCAGCUCCUCGGCUGUGGACGCGAAUGGCCUGCUGUCGGAUGCCAGCUGGGAAGACUCGCCGCCUCGCUCGCAGACGAGGGCCUCGGCCAUGCUGCAGGCAUCCCCUCUGCGGCGAGCUGCUGCGCGUAUCCAGUCCCCUGACAGCCCUACUCCGGCUCCUCGGCGACGGUCUGUGGUAGCAGCAGACGAAGAGUCCGGCAUCCAGAUCUACGAGGACGACGAGGAAAACCUGCCGGACUCUGAUGGCCACGAGGACCCUGAUGUUGGCGUCAGCAUGCGGACCGAGGUUACGGCUAGCUUCUCCAGCGAUUUUGAGCCCGACGAGGACGACGACGAGAGUGAUCCGGACGAGGAAAACGAUCCCAUCAUCCAUUCCUUUGGGCCCUAUGGCGCCAACAUCUCGUCGCGCAUGGAGUCCAUUUCGACGAAAUCACCUCGCGUGACUUCUCUCAAGCGGGCCUUGAAGAAGGGCUCGACCGAGACUCUGGUGCCUAGGAAAUCGACCCGGGAUUUGGACAGUACCGAGGCCAGCCCGCGCAAAAGGGCGAAGAAGGAGGAUUCUCGCGAGCAAACCCCGACCCCGCAUGGUCGACCAGUGAAGAAAGAGGAGAGUGAAGAGGAAGAAGUAAAGAAAGAAGAAGAGGAAGAGGAAGAAGACGAGGAGGAAGAGGAAGAGAAGCCCCCCAAGAUUCUUUCAGAAGCCGAUGCCGCCAUCUCCAACCAUGUCGUCAACCAGCUUGCCUACUCGCGCCUGUCUUCCACGCCGCUGUCCACCAUCAUGCACAACCUGCCCGCCGAGCAAACCAGGGACCUUACUCGUGAUGCUCUGAGGGUGCUCAUCGAGACCACUGCUUGCAUUGGCAUCAUCGAGCGCCAGGGCAAGGACGCAGCCGGCAAGGCGCUGGAGAGCGAGUAUUACUACGUCCCCGAGGCCGAUACCGAUGCUCAACGUCGCGCUGCAGUUGUGGAUGGACUGCGAAAGCCCAGCCUGCGGGCGUGCCGAAAGCAGCACAAGCAAUACUACUGGAAGCGCCCUAAGACGCCUUGA